CUGAGGUAUUUGACAUCAAUACGGUGAGUAUUUAAUCUGUAUUUGAAUUCAAGCAUCAACAACAACAAGAUGUGGAGCAGCACUUUUCUUCUCAAUGGUUCUCACCAGAACUCUCAACUGAAGGCAAUGGAAGGGGAAGAGUUUGUACCUCCGCCGGAGUGUCCAGUUUUUGAGCCGUCAUGGGAGGAGUUCCAGGAUCCCCUGGGCUACAUAGCCAAGAUCAGACCAAUCGCAGAAAAAUCUGGAAUCUGCAAAAUUCGACCUCCACUUGACUGGCAGCCACCGUUCUCAGUGGAGUUGGACAGCUUCCGCUUCACCCCUCGAAUCCAGAGGCUCAAUGAGUUGGAGGCGGAGACUCGAGUCAAACUGAAUUAUUUGGAUCGCAUUGCCAGGUUUUGGGAGAUUCAGGGCUCCUCUUUAAAAAUCCCUCAUAUAGAACGACGGAUCCUUGACCUCUUCAGCUUGUCGAAGGUCGUGACAGAUGAGGGAGGGUUUGAGAUGGUCUGCAAGGAGCGGCGCUGGGCUCGGGUAGCCCAGAGGCUGGGAUACCCUCAUGGCAGGAACAUUGGCUCUCUCCUGCGCUCGCACUACGAGAGAAUUGUGUACCCCUUCGAGAUGUUCCAGUCUGGUGCCAGUCUGCCGCAUUGCAAGCCAAAGCACUAUGAUGGAGAAGAGGUGGACAAAGAAUACAAGCCCCACUCCAUCCCCCUCCGACAGUCUGUGCAGCCAUCAAAAAUGAGCACCUAUGGUCGAAGGGCCAAUCGCUGUCAGCCAGAUGGUCAGGAGGAUCUGGCCCCUCAUCCUCUUCCCAAUGGCUCUCAACUCAUCUCUGCGCCUGAACCCACGGAAGAAGACAUAGAGAAGAACCCAGAAUUGAAGAAGCUUCAGAUCUAUGGUGCGGGACCAAAGAUGAUGGGCCUGGGCCUCGUAGCAAGAGACAGAGGAAUGAGGAAGAAAGAUGAGCUGCCACAAACCGUGACAGUCACUGAGAACCUUUCUCCUUCCGUGCCUGCUGAUACCACAGUCAAAUCGGAGCAGACGGAUCCUCAAAAUCACGUUGACGGGGCCCCAGCAGUCCUGCUACCUCCACCCCCCAGUGUUGUGGUGAAAGCCGACGUACCGCCUGAGGUUAAGGAAGAAGACCCAAUACUAGAGGGGAGCGUGAAAGAAAACAACGAAGGGGAUGUUAUGGAUGGGCCGUGCACCAAAAUGACCAUGAGGGUUCGACGGAAUCUGAACAACCCGCAGAGUGUGGAUUCAUUUGUCUGUCGAAUGUGUGGACGAGGAGAUGAGGAUGAGAAACUGUUGCUGUGUGAUGGCUGUGAUGACAACUACCACACUUUUUGUCUGCUGCCUCCUCUCACUGAACCCCCCAAAGGAAACUGGCGUUGUCCAAAAUGUGUGGCAGAGGAGUGCAAAAGGCCCUCGGAAGCCUUUGGCUUCGAGCAGGCCACCCGGGAGUACUCGCUGCAGAGCUUUGGGGAGAUGGCAGAUGCCUUCAAAGCAGACUACUUCAACAUGCCUGUUCAUAUGGUUCCAACUGAGCUCGUGGAGAGAGAGUUCUGGAGGUUGGUGAGCAGUAUUGAGGAGGAUGUGACGGUGGAGUAUGGGGCGGAUAUACACUCCAAAGAGUUUGGAAGUGGCUUUCCUAUGAACAACGGCCAGAGGACUCUGACAAAGGAGGAAGAGGAUUACGCUCGAUCCGGCUGGAAUCUCAAUGUCAUGCCGGUGCUGGAGCAGUCCUUACUUUGCCACAUUAAUGGAGAUAUAUCAGGGAUGAAAGUGCCGUGGCUUUAUGUUGGCAUGGUUUUCUCAGCAUUCUGCUGGCACAUUGAGGAUCACUGGAGCUACUCCAUAAACUAUCUGCACUGGGGUGAACCCAAGACGUGGUAUGGGGUCCCGUCUGUGGCAGCUGAGCGACUGGAGGAGGUGAUGAAGAAGCUGACCCCGGAGCUUUUCGAGUACCAACCGGAUUUGCUACACCAACUGGUCACCAUCAUGAACCCAAACAUCCUCAUGGCUCACGGGGUCCCGGUUGUGCGCACCAACCAGUGUGCUGGUGAGUUUGUCAUCACCUUCCCCCGAGCAUAUCACAGUGGGUUUAAUCAGGGAUACAACUUUGCUGAAGCUGUCAACUUCUGCACCGCUGACUGGCUUCCUGCUGGUCGAUCAUGUAUUGAACACUACAGAAGGCUGAGAAGAUAUUGUGUAUUCUCUCACGAGGAGCUCACCUGCAAAAUGGCAGCCAGUCCUGAGAAACUCGACCUGAAUCUGGCCGCGGCGACUCACAGAGAAAUGUUUAUUAUCGUGCAGGAGGAGAGAAAGCUGCGCAAGGGUCUAAUGGAACGGGGGAUCACUGAAGCCGAGCGGGAGGCUUUUGAGUUGCUGCCUGAUGACGAAAGACAGUGUGACAAAUGUAAGACGACGUGUUUCCUCUCUGCUCUGGCCUGUUCCAACUGUCCGGAGCGGCUAGUGUGUCUGUAUCACACUCAGGACCUCUGCAACUGUCCCACAAACAAGCUCUACCUCAGGUACAGAUACACCCUGGAUGAGUUGCUAGCGAUGCUACACCGCCUCAAAGUCCGUUCUGAAUCAUUUGACUCGUGGGCCAACAGAGUGAAAGAGGCACUUGAGCAGGAGGAAGGAAACAAAAUAGAAAUUUCUGAUCUGGAGGCGCUGAAGGCAGAAGCAGCAGAGAAGAAGUUCCCAGACAAUGAGCUGCUCCGCAAGCUUAAUACUGUUCUCAAAGAUGUAGAGCACUGCCAGAGGUCCAGCACUGAGCUCCUCACUCGCUCCCAGUCCAGCGAAAAGAUGACUGUGGAGGAGCUGACGUCCCUGAUCGAGAAGAUGCAGAACCUCCCAUGCGUGAUGAAGCAGAUGGAUGGUGUGAAGGCAAUUCUGCAGACUGCCAACGAGUUUCAGACACGCGCCCAGGUUUUGAUGGGAAACAAGGACUGGAGGAGAGAGUCGAUGCCCUCGGAUGAACUGAAGUUGUUGUUGGAGGAGGGAAACAAUCUGCCGGUGGUGGUGCCGGAGUGCCUCUUACUCCGGGGGCAUCUGGAGCAGGGCCACUGGUUGGCAGACGUGAGGCGCACUCUGGGCACAGAAGGGGGGGAGAGGCAGGAGGUGACGCUCUCAGUGUUGAGGAACCUCCUGGAGGCGGGGUGCAACGUUCACCAGAGCGUCUCUGUGGAGACGGCUAUGGCUGAGCUUCAGGAGCUGCUGACCAUUGCUGAGCGUUGGGAGGAGAAAGCACAGAUCUGCCUGGAACACAGGCAAAAACACCCACUCUCCACACUUGAAGCAAUAGUGAGUGAGGCGCAGCUCAUCCCGGUGCGGCUGCCCAACAUUCUGGCACUGCAGGAUUGCCUGAGCCGAGCCCGGGCCUGGGUCACAGACUUGGAGGAGAUCCAGAAUGGGGAGCAUUACCCGUGUCUGGACGACCUGGAGGGCCUGGUGGCUAUUGGUCGAGACCUGCCCGUCUUUAUGGAAGAGCUCAGGCAACUGGAGCUGCAGGUGACCAGCGCCCACUCUUGGAGGGACAAAGCCAGCAAGACUUUCCUGAAAAAGAGCAGCCAGCACAGUCUGCUGGAGGUCUUAUGUCCGUGUGCAAAGAGAAGGGAGAGGCGAGAUGGCACAGAGCCGUUUGGGGAGCCUGUCGACGACCCUGACACAAACACCCUGGGCCUCUCGGCUCAGGAUCUCAGAGACCCAGCCGCCAUUGUCAUGGCCUUCAAAGAAGGAGAACACCAGGAGAAGGAGGCUCUUCUCCGGCUACGAAAGGUCAACAUGUGUAAACCUGGACUUGAUGACCAUCAGGACGGUGCCAUGGACACAAGCUCAUCUGCCCCCUCUGAGACGCCCUUGAAAGAAAACGGAAAUCAUACGUCUCCUCUCCAGUCUGUGUGCGUCUGUGGUGGGCGUCCACGAGCCCCUCAGCUGCGCUGCCAUCUGUGUAAAGAAUGGUUUCAUGGAGGUUGUGUCCCCUUCCCGGCCCUGCUCCCCUCUUCUGGACCAUUGGAAUCCCCCUAUUGCUGGUGGGACUGGGACUCGCGCUUCUUGUGCCUGCAAUGCCAGCGCUCGCGGCGCCCCCGCCUGGAGACUAUCCUGGCUCUUCUGGUGGCCCUGCAGAGACUUCCGGUGCGGCUGCCUGAAGGAGAGGCGCUGCAGUGUCUCACUGAGAGAGCCAUCACCUGGCAGGGCCGCGCCAAGGAGGCUCUGGACACCCCCGAGCUGCAGCUCGCUCUCAAGAAGCUGCGGGAACUGAAAGACACUCUUCAUUGUGAGUCUGCUGCAGAAACUGAGAAGGAGAAAGACUUGGGAGCAGUUAUUGUUCUGUCAGACUCAGAAGGAGGGGAAGAAGAGGGUGUGAUAGACCUGACAGAAGAGUCUCCAAAGAAGAAGAAGAAGGCCGAAAGUGUCAACGGUGUUGGGACGCAGUCCUCCGUCACCGACGUGGGCUCCCUCCAGUCCCUUCUGCCCGGCCUCAAAGGACACGUCAUCGAAAUCUCAGCAACCACAAGGGUCCUCCUGGAGGAGCUGCAGCUGGAAGGAGACCUUCUGGAGGUGUCCCUGGACCAGACUCACACCAUCAACAGAGUUCUGCAGGCAGCUUCCGAGCCACCCAGACUCAUGCUGCAGACUCUAAUCCAGAUUGAACUUGAGGAGCAGCAGCGCAACAGCCGCAACAGGAACAAAGACUCCAAAAGGAAGCGGAAGAGCCACCGAGCAGGGCGUGGAGACGAGGCUGGGGUCCCGUCACUGGACGCCUCAGAGUCCAAGAAAACCUGCCCCCCGCCACUCAGCACUUCCCCUCAGCCAGAGAGUUUGUGAUCAGCGAUGGAGGUUUAUCUGAAUAAGUCAUCUACCGAGCGGACCGGUCAGGUGGAUGCUUAGGUAGAGAAAACAAAAGAUGCAGGACAUCCUUCCCCACCAUCACCCCACUCCCUGAUAGAGCCACCUCUCCGCUACACUCCACCCUCCCUCCUUCACCUCUCCUCCCUCAAAAGCACGAAGUCUGAGCAAGGUGGGACUCGCCCAUAUCCAGUCACUGAGCUUGGUCAGUAUGUUACCCAACUGUAUUAAAUGGCGUUUCCAUGAGGCAACGGCGGUUCAGCUUCACUCCAGCCAGCCUCCUGCGCCGGAUGUUGUCCGGAGCAAGAUUCCAGAGCCACGGAGCCACAGGUUUUCACAGCUGAACUUGGACAACGGCGCCAUUGUUACACUCUUCUGAGUUCUACUGACUCUUGUGUUGGCUGUUUUGAGAGGACAUAGACUUUGUAUAAACUGAGUACACUUUUGGAAAGUGUUUAAAAACAGGACUCCAUGUUUUUGGUGCUACUUUCCCCCAGAAAGGAACCUUUACCUCUGUUUUCUUUUCUCCCCUGUGAUGCUGUUUAUGUUCUUCUCCCUGUCACUUUCACCAAAACUUUACUCUUUUGUUUCACUGGUUUAUAAUUAUAUUAUUAUUAUUAUUGAUAUUACAGACACAAAGCUGUCGUGAGUUUGUGUAAAAAAAAUGUUCAUUUUAAUGUUGCCUUUGUUUCUUUUCACU